CGCUCAAAGAGCCUUUUCCUCCUCAGUACGUGGCGGCUCUUGAGGACAUGCUGCGCGAGCUGAAGAAGCAGUCCAGCAAGCCUGCCCCGGAACUGCUGAAUGAAUACUCCCGCAAAGUGGACUUCCUAAAGGGACUUUUAGAAGCUGAAAAAUUGUCAUCAUCAACUGAAAAGGCACUGGCAAAUCAGUUCUUGGCCCCUGGACGUACCCCUACCACAGUUAAAGAGAGAACUCCAGCCACCAAAACAGUUCAUUUGCAGACAAAGGCUCGUUGCACAGGCAAGAUGAGGAGUGAGCUGCUUGGUACAGAUCCCUUGGCUAUCAAUGAUUCUGAGGAGGUGAACGUAAGGAAGCGGAAAGGCCUUGUGUCUGAUGAGAAGCAGUCUGCAGUGGAGCUGGAUGCUGUGUUACAACACCAUCAGGAUAUGCAGGAGAAGUUGGCUGAAGAAAUGCUCAGUUUGGCUCGCAGUCUGAAAAACAACACUCUGGCUGCACAGAACGUGAUAAAACAAGAUAACCAGACAUUAUCACAUUCCCUCAGGAUGGCAGACCAGAACUUUGAGAAGCUCAAGGAUGAAUCUGACCGCCUUGAACAGCACGCAAAGAAAUCAGUCAACUGGCUACUUUGGAUAAUGUUAAUUGUAGUUUGUUUUAUAUUCAUCAGCAUGAUCCUCUUUAUCAGAAUUUUCCCCAAACUAAAAUGAUUUUUUGCACCUGCCAGAAGUGAGAGUUGGAAAGUUUGCCUGGUAUGAUAAGUGCUACCUUGCAAUGAAAUUGAUUAUUGACAGUCUGCCACCUGUCAUGUCCCAAAAGAGGUCAUCCAAGGCCUACCGUUGCAUCUCUCUUGUCCCAUCUCUGGAUUCAGUGAAUGAUUUCAUGGGGAAGGUUUGCUGGGCUCAGAUAUUUGGUUAUUUCUUUUACUUAGUUAAUAUUGUUGCCCGUUCCUUGAGCAAAGAACUGGGAUAAAGAUGGCAGAUUACGCUGAGCUCCUAAAAAGCUCCUUAGGUGUUAUCCUCUGUGUCUUUAAUGGAGUUGUGGCAAACAUUAUGACUCCUCUAAAAGGAGUUUACUUGAUACAAAGUUAAUUAACAGUCAUUUGAAGUCGUAUGAUUUUUCCUGUCUUUACAGCUCUCCUGUACUGAACUAGGACCAUGCUGCAAGCAGAAUACUUAAUUACAAAGGUUAUGCAUGUAUGCUAGUGUAGGGUAUAGGAAGAGAACCCUGCCAUUGAGUUGCUAGCCUGGCUCAGAUUCAGAGAAUGGUGACAGGUAAAGCUAAUCUCAGGCUUACCUUCUUCCCAGAUGGGUGUUUGCCGUUGCAAUCUUCUUCAGUUUAGUUACCAUAGAAGGGCUGAAGCCACAUGAAGCGUUUGCUUCCCUUUUUGUGUGCGCAAAUGUUCUCAGUGAGUCAGUCUAUUAUAUCAACGCUGUUGCAUCAAGAAUUACUGGCUGUCACCCUUGCACUGUGGAGCUGUACGCAGAGCACUCUCCAUAUGGUACAGAUCUCACCUGUGUGAAUAUUGUUCCCCCAUAAAACAAGGGCAGAGGAAGCUGGUGUCUUCAAGAUAUAUUAAAAAAAAAAAAAAAUCAGUUGUUAUUUUUUGAGACAAACUGUUCUGCUCGAGAGUGGUUGUGUCAAAUUUGUAUUCCUAAGAGCUCACUGCCCUAAAGCAGAGAUGAAAUAAAUCAGAAUGAAUACUUUGUCAAAACAGUUACUUUCCUCGAGCCCUUGUUUUUCUAGUAGUAGGGUUUGUCAUGACUGAGUGAGAGCUAUUUUCAAGUGUUUGUGAUGAUCUAGAAGCAAAACAUUAUGCGUUGUGGGCUAUAGUUUCUGGGAGCGUUACUCAAGUGUUGGUCUUUCAACGUGUACAGUGCUUCACAUACUGAGAAGUGGGGAGUAAAAGAUGAUUCCAAAGUGUUCUUUUGGCAUUUUUAUUGCUGUUCUGAACCACUAGAUGGGGUAUUCUAGGCCUUCCAGAGCAGCUUUGGAUUAGAGGAAGGGGAGGAACAGCUCUGUUUGUCACAACGAUGGAGUUUCUAUGGAAGUCCAA